GUUCUGGGAAAAGGCCAGAUUGCAUCAGACAGGGCCUGAGGGGCUGGAGCCAGACUGUGGGCUGAGGAGGAGACGUGGCCUUAUAAGUUGGGGCCAGUGAAUUGGGAGGUGUCAGCAAAGCAGACACAAACAAAGCUUUAGAAGACGAGAGAGAGAGAGAGACAGAGACAAACAGACAGACCUUAUGGCCACCUUCCCGAGAGCAGCCAGCCCGUCCAGGCAGCCCCCAGGCCCAGAGGAUGAAGACCCCAACCUGGAUGAGUAUGACCUCUACAGCCUGGCUCAUUCUUACCUGGGAGUGGGAGGCCGGAAAGGUCGCACCAAGAGAGAAGCCGCCGCCAAUACCAACCGUCACAGCCCCGGUGGGCACGAGAGGAAGCUAGUGACCAAGCUCCAGAACACGGAGCGGAAAAAGCAAGGGGCACGGCCCUGAGACAGAACUCGAGAUGAGGUCAGAGCACGGACACCCCACAGCGAUGGAGACAGAACUGCGAAGAAUCAACCCCUGGGGGCGGGAUCCAGGCCUGCUUGCCCCUGCCCCCAGGACUUAGCCCACCUGACUGAGGUUCCGAGGGGCCACCAACAAAGGAGCCCCGACCCCAGAAAAAGGGCAAGAUGGGGAACAAGAGGCAGAGAAUAGAGAGAGGCAGAAUCAUGAAGGUACCCCUCAAAAAGAAAGAAGAAACCGGAGCUCCCCAGGGUGACAGCGACAAUAAACAAAGUACAGCAGCUGCA